GUACCAGUGACCAAAAAAUCCCCAAAUCCAACAAUCAAAUUUCGAAUCCCCCUUCUUCCCCAUCUCCAAAACCCUAAAAAAAUCCCUCAAAUAUGUUGUCCAUCCUAGAAGAGCCGCUCCUGGCCCCAAACCCCCAUUCACCACCAAACCCCACUUCUCAGUUUCCCUUCCUUCCUUCGUUCCUCCCUUCUUCUUCCUCCAUCAAAUUAUUUCUCACGAAGUAAAAAACAAAACUGAAAUGGUUUCUAUGGAAACAGUUCAACCAGCAGUCAAUAAAUCCACCACCAUGGAUCAACCGACAUCAAGCCCUAGAAUCUCAUUCUCCUCCGAAUUCCUCGACGAGAACAACUUCAUCUCCAUCAGCCCCAACCACCGCCCCCGCGAAAUCCAAAACCAGAAACCUCCCCUAUCCCCAUCGCCGAUUCGAACCGCUGCGGAUCUCCAAUUCGAGUUCCUCUCCAACACCGGGCCGGUGGCGGCGGCGGGGCACGCCAAGAUGCUGACCGCCGACGAGCUCUUCUUCGAAGGGAAGCUCCUCCCGUUCUGGCAAAUGCAGCAAUCGGAGCGGCUCCACAAAAUCGGCCGGUUCAUGAAGGAAGUGCAAGUCGCCGAGGCCAGAGCCUUCUACGGGUUCCAGAUUGCGAUCGAGAACAUCUGUCACUUCCCCUGCCGCUUACCACUCUCCCGCCUUCUCCGUUCUUCCGCCACCGUCACUUCCGUCUGCCGCUACCGUCGCGAACUCCAUCUAUCUCUUCUCUUUGUGGCCGUUGCUGCUGUCGCUGGUUGUCGUGAAGCUCUGGACGGAGAAAGAAUGGCGGAAUUAUUUUGGUCGGUGUAAGGAGAUCCAACCCCUGUGUACUUGAUAUUCGCCGGCGCCGGAGUAGGGUUUCUCCGCCGGAGGAGAGUUGGAAUUUGGGAAUCUCAUAGACUGCAGUCGGACUCGGAGGAGAACGCCAGCGUGGAGAAGGAGAACAGAGCGGAGGGGAAUUGGAUUUUGGGAUCUGAUUAAUUGUUAUUUUUAUUGUAAGUUUACAGUUUUGCCCUUAAUGAAUCAGGUUGUUACUGUAACAACAGAUAGAGUGUUGUUAUUGUAUCACGUCCCUUAUUUGGCUAGCAUGGUGGUGUUCAACUACUUAGUCCAUAAUUCUUAUGCACGAAGUAGUUGGGGGCAUUUGUUUACACCUAAAAAAUAAUCAUGUACCGCAUUGAUUAUUUACAAGGCAUUUAUUUUGUUUGUAAGGCCAGAUCAUUAAUGACAAUUAAUGUUAUUUGAACUGAGCCUCAUGAUAAUAGUUUUAAGCCCCAAGCUACUAAGUCUCCAAGAGGGAGCUAGUCUCAUCGCGAGUUGUAGAGCCCGACGUGGUAGUGAGAUCUAGACCGCAUUGGCAUCAAAAUCAGAGCUCGACGUGGUCGCAAGAUCUAGACCGUGUUGGCGUCAAAUUUAGAGCCCGACGUGGUCGCGAGAUCUAGACCGCAUUGGCAUCAAAUCUAGAGCCCGACGGGGUCGUGAUAUCUAGACCACAUCGUGAGACUAGACCAUGUCCAAGAUUCUGAACUAACAAGUUGGAAGCAAGAAGGCAGGCCAUGUGGGAGAGGCAAGUAACAAGACGAAAUUUCCAAGAUGAAGAGUAGACGGUUAACAGAGCAACUGCCGAUCAUCCCACGUACAAUGACACGUCAGCCACGCCCGAGAAAGAAGGGGAGCAGUUCUUUUUGGAAGUUACUCUAAGACAGUUCUACGACGGUUAUCAUCUCAAGGCUAUAAAUAGGAGGAGGAGUUGAAAGAGGAGGGGUUCGCAAAAAUCACCACUCGACACCAUUUGUCAAGUUUUAUGAAUUUUAUCUUUCCUCUGCAAUUUUUAUCAGUAGUCGUAGAUCUGGAGCUCUCACAGAACCUCCAUAGGAGUAGGGUAACUUAAUGUAGAGAUCUGUCUCGAGAGUCGUGUAAACAUCGAACACCCUCGUUCGAACUGUGUUUGAAGAGGCGUGAAUUGUGUUUAGUGAUCGUUGUCCAAAGAACUCAAGGUGCAUUCAAUUCGUUUCAAUGCAAGUUUUCUGGCCGGAAAACAGUAAGACUUGCGAUCUAAUAUGCGUUCUGAAUUUUUAGGGUCUCGAGGUAUGGUUAAUGCAAAACUGCGCGGUUACAGUUCAAAAGCAAAAACCGUAUUAAAUUUUUAUUUAGCCUUUCGUCAGUCGUCAAUUAUGAGGCGCUGCCCGAAGUUGCAUGGUAACGGGUCCCCAUGGCAACCUCACGACUCGCUAGAAUGGUCACUGAAGAUGUUAGGGCAGAGGGAUCCCACGUGAUGCAAAACUGGUAUGCUGAAAAGUCCCUCCAAAAAUGGUCGCAAUUCCUCAAGGUCACGAACUUCCAUUGAUGGUACCAUUAAAAUGUAUUCUAAAAUAUACCAUAUAAUCAAGAAAUUAAAUAACACAGGAAAAAGAAAACGAGUGUGUUUUCCGGCGAGGAAAACUCUUGUGUUUGAAUUCAAUAAAUGCACCUUGACUUUUUGAAUAACGAAAUUCAACACGGUUUCACACCUCUCCGAACAAUGUUCGAACAAGGGUGUUUGAUGUUUGAUGGUUUUUCGGGAACAAGCUACAUUGAUUACUUCUACUUUUAUGGAGGUUCAGUGAGAAAUCGGAAAACUAAAGGGUAAAGCUAAUCUGCAGAGAAAGGAUAAAUUUUGCCAUUGCGCGUCAAAUGUUUGGUUGUGGAACCCUUGCUUCAUCUUCGUUUCCCCUAUUUAUAGCCAUUCCUUGUAACCGCUGCCUCCCAUGCUUGGUGCUUGAUGUCUUAACCAACCUUGCCUGCCUGUUGAUCACUUGGUAUCUUGAAUUCUUGAUGGAUUGAUGACUUCACUUGGCAGGUAGUCACAUUGUGUAGUGCAGGUAUCUCGCUUGUCUUCAUCUUGAUGUUUGAUGCCUUCGCGGUACUCAUGUUGACCACCCUUGCAUGGCGUUAUGCUUGACACCAGGAUGCUUGGAUGGUUGAUGGAUGCAUACUGACCCCAUUUGGGGCGGCAUCAUGCUUGCAAGAUCUUGACAAGGUGGUCUACCAUGUGAUGAUAUACAUGGCUGACACGUAGAAACUUGAUGACCUUGUCUACUAGGUACCAUGCAUGACUACCCAUAAAGCCUAGCAUUCCCGACAACUGGGGAUGAGGGUGCAUUGUGUCUACCCCCUUGGCAUGGAAUCAUGCUUGACACCCUUAUGCUUGACCCCCUGGUGGUUGGUACGUAGGUGGCUAAAUGCUUGACUGCGAGACUCUCCUUGCAUGACUUCAUGCUUGACCCCCUUUGGAUGAUGUAAUGUUGACCCCCUUGUGGUUGGGUCCCAAAAUUUUCCUUCUUUCUCCAUCACGACUAGUACUCGCGAUGCCCACCUGCACGACAUCAUGCUCGAUUAGUGCAAGGUAGGCAGGCGCCCAUGGUAUUUGGUGCUUGAUUCCCCUGGCAUGACACCAUGCUUGACCCCCCCGGAUGAUGUCAUGCUUGACCCCCCCCCCCCCCCCUCUGUGAUUGAGUCUCAACACUUAGUCAAAUUUUGCCUCCACCAUGCCUAUUUGGGUGGUCGACGCUUGACCCCCUUCCAUGACAUCAUGCUUGACCCCCCUUGGAUGAUGUCAUGUUUGAAAGGUGGGUGUUUGGUGGGUCAAUGGGUGUGUGUUGAGGUACCAUGUAUUAAGCCCUAAAUACCAUCAUUUAGGCCCAAUUUAAACCAAUUUAAUAAAUAUGGGGAAGCUUACCUUAAAACCACUAAUACUCCUUGAAAAUAAUCAAUGUGGUAUCAACUGAUUUUUUUAGUGGUAAACAGAAUGACAUCAAUUUGGUCUAGAUACCUCUGAAUUCAAAUUUGUCAAUUCAAUUAUACAUAAUGCAUAUUACAUAACAAUCAAAUAUGCGACGAUGCGAUCCAAAAGACAUGCGAUGCGGUGUAGUACGGUACGAGUGCACCACUUGCCCACCAAAUGAUAGUCAAAUCAAAUAUUAUAAUGAAUCAAUCAAAAUUUU